UGCCUCGUUUGCUGCAUGUGGAUCGCCUUAGCAGCCUUAGCCACUGUCGGGGCCCAAGUGGUCCCCCAAAACGCUCACUGUGUCGUCUACACAGACAGCUGCGGACAGUUACUGGACACCCUCCCGGUGUGCCAAGAUUUUAAUCGACAAGUGUGCAACCGUCCCGCCUGCAAGUUUAUCCAUCUCAGUGACGGAAACGUGGAGGUGAUCGAGAAUCGCGUAACUGUGUGCAGGGACGCAGUGAAGGGCGCGUGCAUGCGACCCCAGUGUAAAUAUUAUCACAUACCGGUCGCGUUGCCGCCAGCGCCCCUGAUGGCGAUUACAUCACCUGGGACGCCCUAGUUACUCCUUCUCGUUUAGCGGAUAACACGACGAGGCGAUCAGACAGAUAGAGAAACUGGAGAGGGAAAGCACUAGCGAAACAGUGCGAUAAAUGAAUGCGAUAGGUUCGGAAGCGAAGGGAAAGGAAGAAAGAAAGAAAGCUGCGAGUGCUGAGAAAGGGGUUGAAGGGGACGAGAGAGGUUGAUGGAGGGGGAGAUUUGGCUGGAAAGGGGAAAUGAUAGGAACGGAUGGGGGAGAAAGGAACGGAGAGGGCAAGGAGAAAAUAUUAGAAACGUACGGCAGCACGAGCUUCUUGAACAAGCGAUUCGUUGGAUCGGCUUGAUCGUCGAAGAUCGAGGAAAAGGGGAAAAGGAUAGAGCAGCGGCAACGCAAGUUCCAACUGUUUCGUCCUCGUCGUUUACAUCGUCGUCCACAUCGGAAGAACCGACUCGAUUUUAUUUCAUCCUGCUCUGCGAAUCUCGUUCGACGCAUGCGUUACCAUUAAAUGGGGAGGGGAAGAUAGACACACCAAGAAACGAACAAUGACCGAAGAAAAGGGGAAGAGAACGAAACCGUACAGAUUCUACUUUCUUUUCCUUCUUUCAAUCGGGCCUGAACGAUCUCGACGAGACUCCUACGACAAUCGGCUGGCUGAGGUCGAUUUCUCCGACUUCGAAGCCUCGUGAUAACGACGCGGCCCUAACAAGAAGAGAUCUCUGGAUCGUUGAAGGGCUGUAUAACAAUCUCUAUAGAUCGACGGAGCCGCGUCGUGGUGACGAGAGAAAGUUGAUUGUCCCUGAACGUCUUGUCGCUCGCUGGAUAGACGGCCAUCGAUGAUAGUUUCGUGCGUUGAUACUGGCACUAUGUUCCGUUUAGUUUCCUAGACUAGGUUAACGAAUCUUCACUGACUAGUCGCUUGUCUUUGGCGAGAAGGAUAGUGAAGAUUAUCUUAGAACCGUCCCGCAGGUUGCUCGAUACACAACAAUCGAGCGUCGUUAGACGAGGUCUUCCUUGAUCCUGCCUUCUUUUUUCCGUUGUUCAUGCCGCGGCCGAUCUUGAAAGAAGGAGACAGAAAGCGACGUUGCGAGUCGGAAAAUCUGGCGGAGUGUUGUUCAGUUUCUGCGCCCGACACUGUUGUUCUCUUCCCUGGUAUCUUUCUUUCGGGUACGAGCAAAUAACGUGACCGACGACGCUCUUUAAACUGCGUUAACACUUCUGCAGAUGGCCUCGGUAACGCUACGGUAUACUUCUGAGCGUACUAUUUAUCGUCCUGAAUACUAUUGCACAAAAUGACGUCCAGCUGCGCGCUCGGUUCUGGUCGAUAGUCUAUGACCGUGUACUCUAAUGAUCAGAAAUCAGCGGAUCGCAGUUACGACGUGAUAACCAAGUAUAAUCCCUAGCUAUGUACAUACAUACUUCUGGAUUCGAAAAAGUUUUAGAACUUAGACCAUACUGAGUUGAAAACAUGAUAUUACUUCGAGAUGAUACUUGAUUAAUCGUAGGAUUAAGUUGUCCUAAUUUCUAUUAGUAUGUAUUUAAUCUCCAUGUGUGAUUCAUCAUGAUCUUUAUUUAACUUUACAACGUAAACUUUGUUCCGCUGACUGAUUUCUUUUAACACUUCCAUCAGCUCUGGGCUAGGACUAUCAGGUAGUAUCGGGUAGAUACUAUUGUUUCUAUUCUUCCAUGAUUCGAACCGAAAGAAAGGGAGUGUCAGUUAUAGAUACGAACUAUAUAUAAUUAGCAGAAGUUGUUAGUAGGAAGCAAGGUUGGUUUGGUAAAUGUCUUUUUCUUUUUUUUUAACGAACUGUUUUAAUAAUGUUAAAAUAUUUUAUAGAACGAUACGAUACUUUGAAUAUUCUUUUAGUUGCUUGGUAUUGUGUCGAUAACAAACGUUUUAUAAUAUCGAAUCAUUAUCGAACUUGAUAUCCUUAUUGACAAUAGAAUCUAGGCACGGAUUGAAACUUGUAUUUUAAUUUUACUUUCUCUAGAGAUUAUAUUUAUAAUUGCAGUGUAUCUUGCAAAAAAACAACACAGCUGAAGAUUUAAGUACUACGAACAAUUGUUCUGAUAUCGACUAGUUUGCACAGAUUCGGUGAAAUAUAGUGGCAAGAAAUAUCGGUUGAUUGAAUUCUGUUUGAGAAGGAGUCAUUUCAGAUGAAAUGGCAAACUUCGGAGAGGAAUUAGAUUUUUGCGAGAUUUAUUUGAAUAGGUUACAUCUGCAUUCGUGUAAUUAUUGUAUUUAAGUACUUCUUCGAUGAUAUUAAGGAACCAUAGAGGAUUAAAUGGUAUCGAAUUAACGAUUUCUGUCUGGACCAGCCAUUGCUUAAUUUAAGAAAAUAGCACGACGGACUAAUAACUUGUUAUAGGGAAAGCAAUGCAUUUUCGUUACAUCACUAAUAUGCAUCGAUUCAUUCUGUAUAACAUUACGUAAACCUUUAAGAAAAUUUCGAAGGCUAAUCAAAGUGGAAACACGUGAACAGAAGGUUCGCGUGAAUCUACGUUGGGCAAAAGCACACACUCGGCCGAAGCAUAUUGUUUAUUUCCUAUAAUUACGAGGUUCGGAUAUCGUGAACCGCAGAACCGUUAUUUUCAUGCAGAUGUUAAGAGAACGGUGAAAUGAUCGAGGACGUUUCUGACCUAGACGAGUGAAAGGGGGUCCGGGCGAUAAAGAUAACUUAACGUCUAAUGAAGUUUUUAUACACGUAUAUAUUAAACAAAUUCCACUUAUAUUUUGUUUCUAUAUCAAUAUAUUAUUGCGUAUGCAUAUACGUUUGGGCUGAUAAAUGAACGUACGUACAUACGCUGCGAGACACUGAUCGAUCGAUACAAACGAUUGGUAUUUGAUCGAGAGAGAGAGAGAAAAAAAAAGAACAAAACAACAAGAAAUAAUAGAACAGAAAAA